AUGCGCAGCGCCAUAGAGCGCGCCGGGAACUUCAUCGGUAUCACGCUACGACUGCGGAAGGAGGCGUUGACCUUUGACGACUUUGUGACGGACCGGUUGGGGAAGUACAGCUCGGACGACGGCAUCACCUCGCUGGCCGAGUUCGUGGUGCAGAAGAUCACCCCUCGACACCCGGAGCCCGUGAAGCGUAUUCUGGCCCUGACGGAGACUUGUCUGGUGGAGCGAGACCCGGCUUCGUACAACAUCGUCACCAUCAAACCCUUUGGAGAGGUUUUUGCUCUCAUCUGUGACGUGGACAACCCUCAGGUGUUUACGGUUGAAUUCAUUCCAGGUCAGAUCAGAAAGUUUCCCUCCACAGAAAGGGACUCUUUGUUAGCCAGCCUACUCGAUGGAGUCCGCGCAUCAGGCAACAGGGACGUGUGCGUCAAAAUGGCGCCCACGCAGCGAGGGCAAAGGUGGGGCCUGCUGAGCAUGCCCGUGGACGAGGAGAUGGAAACUUUGCAGAUGCAGUGUUCAGAUUCAACGCCAACAUCUCCUACAGUGGAGUGCUGCAUGCAGUCACCCAAGAUGGUCUUUUCUCCGAGAACAAAGAGAAGCUCAUCAACAACGCCGACUCUUAACACGGAGCUGGAGAGCCAUUUCCAGGCCAUUCGACGCCUGGUGGCCUCCAAGGCCGGCUUCCAGGCCUUUACCCAGCUGCCCAAGUUCAGGGAAAAGUUGGGAGUAAAGACCGUGAAAGCUUUAAAACGGAACAACAACAGUGUGACGCAUGCUGCUGUAGACAUGCUCUGUGCACUUAUGUGUCCGAUGCACGAUGACUACGACCUGAGGCAGGAGCAGCUGAACAAGGCCUCGCUGCUGUCUUCAAAGAAGUUCCUGGAAAACCUGCUCGAAAAAUUCAUCACCAACGUGGACCAUGGAACAGGAGCUCUGGUCAUCAGCGCCUUACUGGACUUCUUAACCUUUGCCCUCUGCGCCCCCGACAGUGGAACCACAGAGGGCCAGCAGUUUGACAUGCUGCUGGAGAUGGUCGCCUCUGAUGGACGCACCUUUUUUAAACUCUUCCAGCAUCCCUCAAUGGCAAUAGUGAAGGGGGCCGGCUUGGUGAUGAAGGCCAUUAUUGAGGAGGGAGACAAGGAAAUAGCCACCAAGAUGCAGGACCUGGCUUUAAGUGAAGGGGCUCUUCCCCGGCAUCUGCACACGUCUUUGUUCACCAUCAGCUCUGACCAGCGGAUGCUUACCAACAGGCAGCUGAGUCGUCACCUGGUGGGACUCUGGACGGCGGAAAACGCUGUUGCCAUGAACCUCCUGAAAAGGAUACUGCCAACCGGCCUGCUGGCUUACCUGGACAGUCCUGACCCAGUCCCGGAGAAAGAUAUGGAUCGGAUGCACAUCCGCGACAACUUGAAGCUGGCCCAGCUCAAUCGAAACAAGGUGCCCGAGUGGCAGCGGAUCGCCGGCAAAGCAGCCAAAGAGGUGGAGAAGUUCGCCAAGGAAAAGGCCGAUAUAGUGUUGAUGCACUGGAGGGAUAAAAUGGGCAUAGCACAGAAGGAGGCCGAGUGUCCCUUCGCGGGCUCCAGGCCCCGUGUCGCCAGCGGGCUCCAGGCCCGUGUCCCGCCCGGCUCCAGGCCCGUGUCCCGCCCGGCUCCAGGCCCCGUGUCCCCGCGGCUCAGGCCCGUGUCCCCGCGGCUCCAGGCCCGUGUCCCUUCGCGGCUCCAGGCCCCGUGUCGCCGCGGCUCCAGGCCCGUGUCCCGCCGCGGCUCCAGGCCCGUGUCCUGCCGCGGGCUCCAGGCCCCGUGUCCCUUCAGCGGCUCCGGCUCCCAGAGUCCCUUUGCCGGCUCCGGCUCCCCGAGUCUCUACGCCGGCUCCAGGCCCCGUGCCCCGAGUCCCUUCGCCCGGCUCCAGGCCCGAGUCCUUCGCGGCUCCAGGCCCCAGUCCCCGCGGCUCCAGGCCGAGUGUCCCUUCGUGGGCUCCAGGCCCCGAGUCCCUUCUCGGGCUUCGGCUCCUCCUUACCCAUCGCCACCCUAG